CUAGCUGUGGACUCGUUCCAACCCUACUUGCAAAGAUGAAGUAUAAUCCAAGGGUGAGCAGCUCCCGCCGGAAGAACCGGAAGGCCCAUUUCACGGCGCCGUCCAGCCUCCGGCGGAUCCUAAUGAGCGCCCCGUUGAGCACCGACCUCCGGUCCAAGUACAACGUCCGGUCGAUGCCCGUGCGCAAGGACGAUGAGGUCCAGGUCGUCAGGGGCACCUACAAGGGCCGCGAGGGCAAGGUAGUGCAGGUCUACCGCAAGAAGUGGGUGAUCCACAUCGAGCGGAUAACCAGGGAGAAGGUUAACGGGGCGACCGUUAACGUCGGAAUCGACCCCUCUAAGGUGUUGAUCACGAAGCUCCGUCUCGACAAGGAUAGGAAGUCGCUCCUCGACCGGAAGGCGAAGGGCCGCGCCGCCGCAGACAAGGACAAGGGGACUAAAUUCACCGCUGAGGAUAUAAUGCAGAAUGUGGAUUAAGCAUAAUACCAUAUGGAGAGUGAGAGGAAGUUCCUUUUUUUUGGAUUUUACAUUUUGCUCUUACGAUGAAACUGUUAGCUGCUGUUACUGUGUCAUGUUUUGGUAGUUAAAUCUUUGCCAUGUUUCCUUAUUAUGCUAGUUGGAUCUGGAAGAGACCUUGUUUCGUUUCUCGGAUGAUGCUUCAAUGGAGUUUGUUGCGGUCUGUUCUUCCAAUUUUGA